UUCUCUCCUACUCCUUGCAACCGCUAUGCUGCUGCUGCCGAAGCCCGUAUCGCUGCCGCCGGGGUUCCGCUUCCACCCCACCGACGAGGAGCUCGUCCUCCACUACCUCCGCCGCCAGGUAGACGCUGCCGCUCCCUCCCCUUGGCCCAUCUCUGUCGUCGCCGAGGUCGACAUCUACAAGCACGACCCGUGGGAGCUUCCAGGCAAAGCGACGUACGGGGAGCGGGAGUGGUACUUCAUCACCCCGCGCGGCCGCAAGUACCCGAAUGGAUUCCGGCCGAACCGGGCGGCGGCCUCUGGGUACUGGAAGGCGACCGGGACCGACAAGCCGAUCUACAGAUCAGGCAAGUCGGGGGGCAAGCAGCCACCCAUCGGGGUGAAGAAGGCGCUGGUGUUCUACAGGGGAAAGCCGCCCAGGGGAGCCAAGACUAACUGGAUCAUGCACGAGUACCGCCUCGCCGGUGCACACAGCGCCGAUAGCUACAGGCCUGCGAGACCGAUCACCGACUCCUCCACGAGGCUGGAUGAGUGGGUGCUCUGCCGGAUCUACAGGAAGAACGAUCAUCUCCAAGCGGUGGCUACGUCCACGAAGGAUCGGGAAGGAACACUAAGCACGUAUUUCGACGACGUUGCCAGUUCGUGGAGCUUCAAAGACUACUACUACUCGCUCGUCGGCGAUUCGCCUGAGAAUAUGCAAACGGCGCCGGCGAACAGUCAUAUUAAUGGCAUCACCGACCUGGAUGAUCCACUGCAACAGCCAAUGGAUCUAUCUGCGCUGGCCUCCGACGACACCGAGAGCUUGGUGAAGCGUCAGAGGACGAUGCUGGAAGGGAACUUGAAGUGGCAGAACUGUGAAUAUGGUGGCUACAGUAAUGACUUGGUACGACAGUUGGACUCCAACAGCUCCAGCUUUCUGGAGCCGCACUUUAUAGACAAGCAAUUGCUCCUGAACUCGCACUGGGGACUGCACUAAACAAAAUAUGCGAGCUUCCACUGGAACAGAUCAGGAAUAAUGCUUUGGAAGAGAAACCACUUUUAGAAUAGAGAUAAGAGAAGAGAAACUACUUUUGAGAAACGAUAAUAGAAAAGGCUGUUAUAUAUAUAAUUUAUGGAGA